AUGGCUGAAAAAAAAGAAACUGUAAAAAAUGGAGUGGAUUUCAUGAGGAAGACGUUCGUGUUCCGCAAAACGUUCACUAAGUCAAAAACUAUGGGAGGGUUACAGGAAAGUCCAACAAGCUCGCCGACACUCAGCACUUCAACGAAGAAGUCAUUGCCCAAUUCGUUGAGUAGCGUCGUCCUUACAAUACACGACGGGGUAUUUAAAGACGGCGAGAGCGGGAUAUAUUGCGUGUGUAAAGUGCUUGAGAGAAAGUACCGAACGAUGACGACGGUGGGGAACAAGCCAAUUUUUGAUGAGACGUGGACUUUACAUGUCCCGACCGACAUCUUAUCAGUCACUUUAGAGAUCUGCAAACACACCAAAAUGAAUACAAGAAACGUCUUGGGAGCAGUUCAACUCAACUUUAAGCGGCUUGAAAUUAACGUCGAGGUGACCGAGAAAUAUAAAGUGCUUUCCUUCAAUUCGAUUGAAAUUGGGACGUUGAAAUUGACGAUGAAACGACUGCCGCAAGAAGAUUUGCAACAUUUGCUCCAAGAGAAGCCGAAGAAAGGGCGGUUCUCCUUGAUCGACUCUUCUUUUGAAGAUUUGGACGAGAAAAAGAUGCGGACGCCACGCGGGAAAAUCCACAGGAAGAAGUACAUGCCACAAGCGCCAUCAGAAAAGACUGAAGAAAGUGUUGAAGCGUGUGGACUCUUUAGUGCCGUCUUUACAGUGACUGUUGGUGACAUUUCGGAGGAUAUUUGGCACUUCAUGAAAAACAAUUCGGACGCUUUUAGUGACAUUGAACAGGUGGGGUUGACGGGGGUCAUCACCAAUUGUUAUCCACCGAAUAACGGAGGGAAAGUAGUUCCACUGAACAUCUGGAAUUUCUGUUUUGGUGACGGACUCAAAGUGAGACGAACAAAUCAAAGCAUUGAGGUGAUUCCCUUUGUGAUGACGGACGCAAAUGCAAAUACUAAGUACGCGUGCUUCUUAAUAGCGUAUUUCAAGAUUGAGGACAAAAUGAUUAAGAAGAUCCAAGACAUCAUUCCUAAAACGCCAAAUGAGCUGUACGCGCCGUACGCCGUUGGAGUCACAAGUGAUUUCCCAUUGCUCGGGUUGAUGCGGAAGUGGCUCAAAGCGCUUUAUGAAGUCAAAGUGGAGAGUAACUUGAAAUUCACGGACUAUUGUCAUGAAGUCAUCUUCAUGACUGGCCUCCCAUCACCCGGAAAGUCCUUUCUAUACGAUUUCACAACACUUGGAUUUAAGACUGAAAUUAAUCUUCCUGUGACAAAUGGGAUGUCUGCGAUUCCAACGAGUGUUUUGCCGAUGUUUGAGAUGCUUGGCAUCGACGGAGUUGUUGCGAUUGUCUUAGCUCUAUUAGAAGGAGAUAAAGUAGUAUUGUCAUGUCGAUCGAAGACUGCGUUAGUGUACACCAUUGAGAAUUUGAAGUCAAUGAUCUUUCCAUUUGAGUGGUGCAACAUUUGUAUCGACUUAAUUCCUUAUUCGUUGUUGGACUAUUUGACAUCGCCAAUGACGUAUUUAGUCGGAGUACCUGCGGAAUAUAAAGACGAGGCGGAAGACAUCAUUUCGAAGGAAGGUGUGGUGUAUGCGGACCUUGACAAUGGGACUGUGCGAACUUCCGGGUACUUAAAAGAAGUUCCCAAAGAAGUGGAGAACCUCUUUUACGACUUGAAGACGGUCUUUAAAACCAAAGAAAUGAAAAUUGGGAAUUUGAAUAACGACUUCUUUGAAGAGCGAUACUUUGCACACAAAAGUCACGAAUUCAAUUGCGCCGUGAGAAUCUGCUUCUUCAAAUUUAUCAGCGAAAUGCUUGGGAAUUACAGAGACUACUUGGGAUUCACGUGGGUGGCGGACGACGUCUCUGUAGUGUUUAGUAGUGAGGAGUUUGUGUACAACCAACCCAACGAUAGAAGAGACUUCCUCCGCGCCCUUUUCGAGUCACAACACUUCCAAUUUUUCAUCCAAAACUUCCCAAAGCGGCACAACCACGUGUUUGAAGAUUGGCAGAUCAAUCAAAUGUAUCACAGGAAUACCGAAGAGCUCGUUGCGAUGUAUGAAAACAAGGAAUACCUUCCUAUCACCAAAAUUGUACAAAUUUCGACAGAGAAGAAGUUGGAUGUGUCCCCGAUUAAUACACUUCUUUUGGACUGCGGGAAGUUGAAGUCGUUGCGCGUGAGAAAUGAAGUUGUCAAGCAGAAAAUUGAGCCCACGUUUUACUGCAACCAUUUGGAGCUGAAGAGAACGGAGAAGAAGAGUGUGAUCUUCAACAAUGACAUGAUUCAAUUUUGUGACAGUCAAAUAGGAGAGCUUGUGUUAAUGAACGAGAACGCGACACAAACGAAAAUUGAUACGGAGCCUAUCUUCAGCUUUUUGUCGCAAAUAGAAGGACGUAAAGUGUUUACAUUGCGACUCCUUUCUAAAUAUCAACACUUUGAAAUUGAACGGGAGAAGGGGAGAGUCUGCGCGUUUGUAUUUGCGAUGAUCCUCGACUUCUUGAAACAAAGUCUGGUGUACGCGUAUUCACAAAAGGAUUAUAUGACACCACAAAACAUAGUGGAGUGUGCGAAAUCAAUUUAUAAGCGCGAGGGCGGUGGGGAGAAAUUGAGGAUCAUCGACUUGAUGCAAGGCUAUGACAUCUGGAAUAAGAUGGACGUGUGGAACAACAUCUUUGUCAAGAGGUCAUGCAUCUCCAAAGAGAUUAUAUAUAAGGAACAGUUUGGUCUUGAUCUCCCAUUCAGGUGGGUCACUUUUGAUCAAUACCAACAGAAGGAAUAUCGACAAGCUGAGGUCGACUGGGUGAAGAAAGAUAUGAAAGAGAUUCUGACGACUAUGGGACUUGUUCGAACGAAUCCUAAGACUGUUAAACAGUUUGUAGGGUAUGCACUCAGUCACUUGAGGUUUGAUGAAUCGGUGAGAAAAGAAAUAGAUGAUAUGGUCCUUGAUGUGUGUCAAGUGAAGACGGAUGAGUACAUGGAUGAAAUUGAAAAAAUGAGGAGUGAUAUUAACAAAGUGUAUGAAGGGGUGUAUCUCACAGAUUAA